GUCGAGAGGACAGCACUUGCUAACAAGCAACUCUUACACUCGCUCAACUCUUUCUCCUCUCAAAACACGAAUUGGAUCUGCGACUGUGAUAGCCGAUUCACCCCAACAAAGUCACACAGGUAAUUUCAGAAGCGACUCCACUGUGCGGAAUAUUGCGGCUGAGUGCAUUGAUGUUCAGUGCAUUGAAGCCCAACGUUUCUAGUCAUUUCUGAGGAGAAUUGGAACUGAUGCUUCAAAUUUCCUUGGGUAUCUUGUGUCGGUACUGUAAUAAUUCAAAAUUACCUUUCCAGCGGCUCCUCUGGGAUCUCAUAUAAGCAGAGAUGAAAGCAGGACCCACGUAUGGCUUGAGAGGGUGGCAUCUUUUUGUAGUCCUUCUUUCUCUUGUUCUAAUGACCACAUUACUGUGGACAUGGGAGAAAAAUCCACUAGCUAUAACUUUACAUUCAGCUCAAGAGUGGUAUCACAAACCUUUAUCAGGAGUGAUAGUAGAAGCCCCAAAUAAUUCAGUGGGAGGUCCAAAGCUGGCAAAAAGCGAGGAGAUAUCUUUAAAUACUAGCAAUGAAAAUGAAACCAAAGUGCAACUUGAUUAUGCGGAUGCAGUUCCUGUGCAUUCUGUCCCUUCAUAUUCUCCCGAAAUACAACACGGUCAGGGUGUCAGGUCUUCUUCAGGAAGAAAAGUCUGUAAUUAUGCAAAGGGUAGAUGGGUUGCAGACAAGAGAAGACCAUUAUAUUCUGGAUUUGGCUGCAAAAAAUGGUUAUCCCCAAUGUGGUCAUGUAGAAUGACACCGCGACCAGAUUUCUCUUAUGAGGGAUACCGUUGGCAGCCAGAAAAUUGUGACAUGCCAGAGUUUGACCGGUCUGCAUUUUUGAGAAAAAUGCAGGACAAAACAAUAGCAUUUGUAGGAGAUUCAUUGGGCCGGCAACAAUUUCAAUCUCUGAUGUGUAUGGCCACUGGUGGUAAAGAGAGCCCUGAAGUUGAAGACGUGGGACGGAAAUACGGUCUUGUAAAACGCCGUGGUGCUAUUCGUCCUGAUGGCUGGGCUUACAGAUUCCCAAAGACCAACACUACAAUCUUGUACUAUUGGUCAGCUAGCUUAUGUUAUCUAGAGCGCCUUAACAACAAGGAUCCACUCACCAAUGUUGCCAUGCACUUGGACCGCCCAACUGCAUUUCUGAAAAAGUUCAUCAGUCGUUUCAAUGUCUUAAUUCUUAACACAGGGCACCACUGGAACCGAGGGAAACUUAAUGCAAACCGGUGGAUUAUGUAUGUAGAUGGGAAGCCUAAUGAAGACAGAAGGCUUGCAGAGAUCGGUAGGGCCAAGAACUUUACAAUCUAUAGUGUAGCUAGGUGGGUGGAUUCACAACUUGUCUCCCAUCCCGAACUUAAAGCAUUCUUUAGGACUUUAUCACCGAGGCAUUUCGUCAAUGGGGAUUGGAACUCUGGAGGUAGCUGUGAUAAUACCAUUCCCUUGUCUGGAGGAAACGAGGUUGUACAAGAUGGACCAAGUGAUCUAACUGUUCAUGGUGCGUUAAGGGGUACGAAGAUCAAAAUGCUGGAUAUAACUGCUCUUUCUCGAUUGAGGGAUGAGGCUCACAUGUCUCGCUACACCAUUCGAGGAACUAAAAAUGAUAGCGAUUGUUUGCAUUGGUGCCUACCUGGAGUUCCAGAUACUUGGAAUGAACUCCUUGUUUCUCAGAUCUAGCCUUCCAAAGUGGGAACACUUCCUUUCUUUCUUAUGCAAUAUGAAGACACAUAGGCUGUGUUACAAGCAGAAGCCGUCCAUUCUUUGUGGUCUUGGAUGACCCAUUAUUAUUUGCUGUCACUGUAUUUUAUGUACUAUCUCCGGUUCUUAAUGUAAGAUCGAAGUGUAAUUUGUACUACAAAGGGGAGUUUAUAUUAAGAACAAGAGAUAGUAUUACUUUCUCAGUCGAUAAGAAUAUAGGCAGAGCAUGUAAUUCCAAUCUGUUUCAUUUUUAGAGUGGACAAAUAGAUCAAUUCGGAAUAGAUUCAACUACAGCAGAGACAGCAUAAGACUUCAUGAGUUAGCUGCAGCUAUGAGCGGAACGUGGCUAGCGUCUCCUUCGCUUUAUUAGCAAUUUGAAGUGUUAUAUUAAUGUAUUAUUCAAUAGGAAAGAAAAUAAAAAUCCUCGACCUUUUUAUGCUUGGUGUUUUGCUUUGCUGUAUGAGCAUUGGACCUGGUUCUGUCGAAGUCUAAAUCUUGAUAAUAAAAGUUUAUAUAAA